GUGCGCGCGCUUCACAGGCGGGCGCUCCCCGCGCGCUUCUGCAUAAAACGCUGGCUGUCAGGUGCACUGCGUGUUCAAAACACGUCGCUUACACCUAUGGGAACCCAUUGCCGUCUAAAACCGUUUGUGUUAUGUCUGAAACAAUGUCAGACUAACUGAUAUGCAAUCAGUAGACACCCUUGUUCACCAGGCACCUGUUGGAGAGUUUCCUUCAGAAACAAUGGGUGACAUUCUCAACCAAAGCGGAUGGGGAACUUUGAACAGAAGUUUAACGGAUCAACACAAGUUCAGCAGUCUGGAAGACAUCGAUGUGACUGCUGACGGCAGCCUCGUCCUGCGGAUUAUCAUCUCGGUGGUUUAUUCCGCGGUCUGCGCCGUGGGUUUGGUCGGAAACCUUUUGGUGUUUUUCCUUAUGAAGAUAAGACAAGGUCGAAAGAAAUCCAUCAUUAAUUUCUUUGUCAUCAAUUUAGCUGUCACCGACUUUCAGUUUGUGUUGACCUUGCCUUUCUGGGCUGUGGAUACGGCGUUGGAUUUCAGCUGGCCGUUUGGUAACGCCAUGUGCAAGAUCAUUUUAUCAGUCACUGUGAUGAACAUGUACGCCAGCGUCUUUUUCCUCACUGCAAUGAGCAUUACGCGCUACUGGUCUGUCGCAUCUGCUUUAAAGAUCCCUUCUCGAAAGAAGUCCGUGUCUGUGAAGUGGGUCUGUGCUGUACUGUGGAUCUUGGCGACUGUGGCAACGGCUCCAACUUCGAUUUUCUCCACCGUGACAGUUGUGGCAGGUGAAAAACUCUGUCUCCUCAAGUUCCCAGAUGGCCAGGAUUGGCUCGCUCUGUAUCACCUUCAGAAAAUUGUCAUUGCGUUUAUCUUGCCCAUGUUCAUUCUGUCAGUGUGUUAUCUGUUACUGCUCAGGUUUAUCCGAAAGAGGGGCAUUAAUACCCGUCAAAGAAGACGAUCGAAAGUAGCGAAGUCUGUGACGGUGGUGGUCCUCUCUUUUUUCAUUUGCUGGAUGCCAAACCAUGCGAUCACCCUCUGGGGCGUGCUGGUGAAAUUGAACGUGGUGCACUGGGACAAAUCAUACUACAUGGUGCAUACUUAUGUUUUCCCCGUGACUGUUUGUCUUGCUCAUACUAAUAGUUGUUUAAACCCAGUUUUGUAUUGUCUUAUGCGACGGGAGUUUAGGAAAAUGUUACAUAGCUUCUUUUGGCGCAUCUCUUCGCCUGUUAUUUCGAAGGCUGGAAAACUACAUGGAAACAAUCGAGGCAGCAAUCAUAACCUGGAUGACGCACACACUGGAAUUCAUUUAAACGUGAUUGACGCACAACUCUCCCAACAAUCCAGACAAGCGACCUUAUACUGACAACAUUCAUAGGACUUCAGACAGAUUCUGUCAACUUAUUAUAUACAGUGGACUUAUUAUUAUUUUUUUUCCUGAUAAACCAAAGGGUUACUGUGAUUUGAGAACGAUACUGAGAACGACGAAUGAUUGUAGAUGUUGUUUGUGACUUGAACAGUUUUAAAGAUGUUUUAUUUGUUGGCCCAU